GCGGCACUUCCUGCUCACGGCCCUUGAGCGACAGCGGCUGCAGGCCGGCAGGCUGGCAGCGUUUAAAUGGCUCGGCGACGGGACGAGGCGCUCUCUGUGUGCUCUGAGACCUGACACCAGCCGCUUCGAUGUUUGUCCUCUCGCUCCUGCCUGUCCUGUGGGCUUUGUCCGCCAAGGCAGACUUCUUCCAGUUCGACAGCAUCUCAAACGCCUCCACGUACUAUUUUAAUUAUAUUUACUGCAACAUCUGGGAGGGGGAGUGUCAGCCAAAUCAAGACGAUGCCACCCAGCAAGUUCCAACCAGGGACCUCUGGACAGGCUUCCCCCAGGACUACAUCAGCCUGCUGCAUCAGUGGUACUGUAGCCUGGGCCAGUGCUGUGAGUCUGGGGACUGCAGAAUAACCAACAACAUCACAGGCCUGGCCAGAGACCUGCAGAUGAAGCUGCAUGGACAGCACUUGGCCCAGUCUGUGGUUCUCAAGGCCAUCCAGGGUUUUAUCAACAACCCGGAAUCCAACAAGCCGCUGACCCUCUCCUUCCACGGCUGGUCUGGCACUGGCAAGAAUUUUGUGGCCCGCAUUGUAGCCGAUAAUCUGUACCGGGACGGGGUCAAGAGUGAGUGUGUCCGUCUGUUCAUCGCCCCUUUCCACUUCCCACACGCCAGACUGGUGGACACGUACAAGGGCCAGCUGAGAGAGGCGAUCCGGGACAUGGUGCUGCGCUGCCCUCAGACUCUGUUCAUCUUCGACGAGGCUGAGAAGCUCCACCCGGGGCUCAUCGAUGCCAUCAAACCUUACAUGGAUCACUAUGACAACGUAGACGGGGUCAGCUACCGCAGAGCCAUCUUCCUCUUCCUCAGUAAUAUAGGUGGAGCAACGAUUAACGAUGUAGCGCUGGACUUCUGGCACUCCGGUCAGAACCGUGAAGAUAUCGGGAUGGAGGACCUCGAGCAUCGGCUACGCGCGGAAGCAAUGGAGUCUCAAGGUGGCUUUGCCCAGAGCGAGCUGAUGUCUGGUCACCUGAUCGACUUCUUUGUGCCCUUCCUGCCCCUGGAGUAUCGCCACGUCAAGCUCUGUGCCCGCGACGCCUACGCAGCACGAGGCCUGGAGCCCGACGAGGGCACCCUGGACGAGGUGGCCAAGGCAAUGCUGUACGUUCCCAAAGAGGAGAGACUGUUCUCGGCGCAGGGCUGCAAGUCCAUACCCCAGAGGAUCAACUUCUUUCUCCCGUAGAGAGAGAAAAAGAGAGAGAGGGAGAGAGAGAGAGAGACCUGGAGGAGGUGUGAGGUUCCUUACCAGCCCAUCUGCAUACAGAGCCACAGUGGAGACGUGUCCUCUCCUCUCCGCUGUGCUUCCCCCCCUCAGAUACAACACGUGUCUGUCCAGGUCCCUCAGAGCAGGCCAGACAGCAGGGCAGUUCCAGUCUCACAGGGCAAAGCGGCGCGUCCCACUCUGCACACAUGGAUGCUGUUGCAGGGGGGCAUCUACGUGCCGGAAGGUCCCCACCUGUCUGGUUUGACCCCACACGCUGCCAAGACAGAGAGCUGAGGACGGUGCUUGUGGUUGUGCACAGAAGGAAGUGCUUGUGUCAUUUUUGUUAGGUCACACUGUAUUUAUGUCUGUCACCUCGCUGUUUCUAAGAUGCACUGUUUUUAAGUUUGUAUCAGGUCAAAAGUGAUAUUUUAGUAUUUGCAUGGCUCCUGGGUAAAGUUGCCCGAUCUGCACUGAUCCCAAAUCAGAUUUUCAUCUUACCCUAAUCUUAACCAAACUGUCUCACUCGCCUGGCUAACACAAACCGUAACCAUUAAUUUGAAAAGGGACUAAGUCAACACUGUUUUAAUGUGGGGGAAAAAACCUGAUAUGUGAACAGGGCUCAAGGGCAACUUCACCUUACCCCAUUUGCAUGUCAGAACUUGUGCUUCGUUGGCAGUGAUUAUUUGUUUAUUACCAUAUUUUAGCAUUAUUACUGUACCAAGAUUAUUUUACUGUUACCUUAGAUCGUAAACAUUUUUCAGUGAGGUCAUUUUUGUGGAGUUGUUUCAAUGCACACUAGGUGUUUUUAACUCGGCAUCAUACACAUAUUUAAAGGAACUGAGGUGCAAAAUGUGCAACAGGGCUGACAUGCAGUACAGUGACGGUGUGUGAUGAACCUGUCACUGGAAAACAGUCAGGAGAGAAGAAUUCAAACGACAUGUUGAGAGCAAUAAAUCUAUGUGGAAGUCGGC